UCAUCGUCGCGCUGUAAAGUUUAAGUUGGCAGGGGUGGCAGAGACAGUUCAGCGUUAAAGAUGCUUAGUGCUCUUGCAGAGGGUUUAAGUAUGGUUUUCAACACCCACUUCGGACGGCUCACAACUGACUUCCUGUAUCUCUGGCCAGGUGACCCCGUGCCUUCGGUCUUUUCCGGCACCCGCAUACCGGAGCACGGAACUAGGCCUGCACAGACGCACACAUAGAACUUUAAGAUAAAAUCCUUUAAAAAUUGGGUUUACAUAAUGAUUGUGGCGGGCGAGGCCUGUAGUUUGAGGCUUGGGGAGGCUGAGGCAGUUGGAGUUAGCCAGCCUGCGCUAAAGAGUGGAGAACCUGUAAAAAUUUUAAAUUAUUUUUGUGUUUUAAUUCCUAUUACCAAAAGUGUCUCCACUAGUUAUAAAAGCAACACGCAACCAUAUUGUUUUUAUCAUUAUUUUUUUGGAGGCAGGGUCAACGCCUGGACCAAAGCGAAGUUUUUGAAAUCACUGUCAAACACAGGGCCGGAGGAUCCUGAGUUAAAUAUUUCUCAAAAUCUGGUAUCAGUUUUUAUUGGGGGGGGGUGUUUUUGUUUUUAAAUCUUUAAGGUCUAAAUUUUUUAUUUUUUGAGACAGAAUUUGACUGUAUCCGUAGCUGGCAUGGAACUCACUAUGUAGACCAGGCUGGCCACGUCUAGCUGUAUAGACACAGUACUUAUCCAAAUGGGAUAGUUUGGAAAAUUGUAUUAUAGGAACAGGAUGCUGUUAAACUAAUAGGGCAGCUUGAUCUGAAGUGUGAAAUGAAGAGGUGUUCAGCUGAAAAGGCAAGCAAAUGGUGAUAUGAAAACCUGCUUAAGCCACAUUUAUGCACUUGGAUCCGAACAGAACACAAAGUUAUGAUUAUGUUGGUCUGGGAAGGAGUGUAUUUCAGCAUCUGCACAGACCAGAGGAUCAUUACAGGAAGCCGAAGGGGUUCCUCACAUUUCUUCAAAAUGAAUGUUACUGUCCGUUUCCUAAGAACUUUUCCCAGGUUGCUGGUGCCAUUUACUUUUAAUAGGAAGAGAAAGACUUUAUAUUCAACAAUUCUACAGAGGUAUAUGUCUUCCAAAGUACCUUCUUUGCCCUGUCAUAAUGACAGUACAUCCCCUUCUGAACAGCUGGAAUUGGAUGGGUGGAAAACUACAAUGAAAUCUAGCAUUCAAGGAGAUGGUGUUUCAACAGUUUCAGAUAAAGAUGAAGAUUCUCUAGCUGCCACCAGAGAAUUAAUUGAGAUGUGGAGAUUGCUUGGCAAAGAAGUACCAGAGCAUAUCACUGAAGAACAAUUCAAAACCCUUAUGGAAUGUGCUUCUAAAUCAGCCAAAAAGAAGUACUUAAGAUAUUUGUAUGGUAAGGAAAAGUUGAAAAAAGCUGAGCAAAAAAAGAAGGCAAUGAAAGCAGAGGCCAGAGAAGAAGCCAAAAAGGCCAGGUUGCUAGAAAGCACCGAGGAAGAGCAACAGGACUUUAUGUUUCUUCGCCUCUGGGACCGAAAGAUGAGCGCUGCAAUGGGUUGGAAGGGUGUCCAGGCUAUGCAGUUUGGACAACCUUUGGUUUUUGACAUGUCUUAUGAUAAUUAUAUGAAAGCAAAUGAACUUCAGAAUGCUGUUUCUCAACUUUUAGAAAGUGAAGGGUGGAACAGAAGAAAUGUUGAUCCUUUCCACAUUUAUUUCUGCAAUCUCAAAACAGAUGGUGCUUAUCAUAGAGAGUUAGUUAAGCGUUAUGGAGAAAAAUGGGAUAAAUUGCUCUUAACAGCAACCGAAAAAUCUCCCAUUGAUUUAUUUCCGAAGGACAGUAUUAUAUAUUUAACAGCAAAUUCUCCCAAUGUUAUGACUACCUUCAAGCAUGAUAAAAUUUAUAUAAUUGGAUCGGUUGUUGAUAAAAAUUCACAAACAGGCAUAUCGCUAGCUAAGGCUAAAAGGCUAGAUCUAGCAACGGAACGCCUUCCAUUAGAUAAGUAUUUACAAUGGAAUAUUGGUAACAAAAAUCUCACUUUAGAUCAAAUGAUCCGUAUUCUGCUCUGCAUGAAAAAUACUGGUAACUGGGAAGAGGCUCUGAAGUUUGUUCCCAGGAGAAAGCAUUCUGGCUAUCUAGAGAUUACUCGGCAUUCUCAGGAAGUUUUCAGGAAACUGAAGAAAAGAUUUUAAGUUUAUUUCCAAAAGGCCUCUUAAAUGUAUGCAUAUGGAAAAGGUGACCUAAAUGAGAAACUGUGAUAAUUUAGGAACUAAAUAGAUUGGAAAUGGUUAAAAUAACAUAUCUUCCUAAGUGGAAUUGUCUCUUAAAAGUAGUCUUUCCAGACUAACAGUCAGUAGAGGCGUUUGGUUGUUUGCUUGCAGUUUUGUUAUUUGUUUUUCAAGACACGAUUUCUCUGUAGCCUUGUGUGUAUACACGAGGCUGGCCUCCAACUCAGUGAUCUGCCUCGUUUUGCCUACCAAGUAUUGAGAUUAAAAGUGUGUACCACCGUU